GUUUCAGUCAUCGGGAUGCUAAAUCGUAAACGAAGUGUAUGUAAUGUGGUGCUGUAUAAUUAUUAUUAAAGCAAAUAUAUGUCUCAAUAUUCGCCCUAGCUCAUUAAAAUAAUGUCACCUAAUAAGCAGAACUCAUUGGGGCGAAUCUUAUUAUUCUUCUCCAUAGUGCACUGCAACAAGUUGCUUACUGUAGGGAAUAAAAGAGAAAAUAUGUGGAGGACAGCAGGAAGAUUGACAGGACUAUUAAUUCAGAACUGUAUGCCGCUAAGUUCUGAUGGGCCUCAGGAACAAUUCCUGCUAAUCCUGCAACGAUGUUUAAAGCGUGGGAGUUUGGUAGUUUUGGAUAACUCGCUGAAAGCUGAUGUUAUUAGACUCGGAACUGCCGUAGAAUUAGUUAGAUACAGAGGGGAAAACGAAACGCAAGAUGCCAGAGAAGUUGCGUUUUUCCGAUCGACGGAUAUGGAGUCUGACUGGAAAAAUGAGAUUCUGCAAAGGAUCGCCCACGUUCUCAAUACACACGUCCUUAAAAUACGUCUUAAUGGCUACGAGGAACUGACGAGCAUCAUCAGCCAAGAGGGUAGAGGGAGAAAGAAGCAACAGAACAUGUUUAUGUCGCUGCUAUUGUUCGGGAUAGCAGCCGUGGGUUUGAUUAUGGUUCCUAUGGGGUUCCAGUUUCUUGCGGUAUUAGGCGGAAAAGCUCUCCUUUUGGCGAAAAUGGCCCUUAUAUUGACCGCCAUUCAGGGCCUUAAGAAAAUCGCCACGAGUAAUCUGAAUUAUGGUCUCUACGCCACGAAUCCGGACCAUCACGGACCCUGGCAUUACGAUCGACAAUGGCCUUUUGAGGGCGAAAGUCACGACAUGGCAGGGUCCUAUAGUAAUUAUUAUCAAAUUCCAGAGCAGCACUCGGAUUUGCUUCAUCCCUUUCAGCCGAGGGUGGAGAAUUUUAGGGACAUGAUGUAG